UGUCUGUACACAUACACGUCUUUACAAACAACAUACAUAUGUAUGUUUGCAUGUUAGUCAUUCUAGUUUGCAUUGCUUUUCAACUGAAUUAUUAUUUGAUUCCGAAAAAACUGUUCUCAGGUCAUUGUAUCAGGUCAUCUGGUAUAUUGAUAGUGUGUUAAGCUAAUGCGUGUGCAGUAUUGUGGUUUGAUAUCGGCCGUGGCGGUUCAUCGAUUGUCGUGUAUAGCAGACGCAUAUGUUAAAAAAAUAAAAUGGCCAUAGAAACAGAAACGUUUUUGGAGUACCUCGUAGUGGAAUAUCGAUGGGUGAUAGUAAUAUUGGCCCUGUUGCCUAUGUCAGCGGCAUGGAAGUUAUGGUCGAUAAUCAGGAACUAUGUUGUGUUCAAGAUGAAUAGUGCUCCAAAGAUGCAUGAUGAUAAAGUCAAAGAGGUUCAAAGACAGAUAAAAGAAUGGUUAUCCGGCGACAAGUCGACUCAUCUCUGCACAGCCCGGCCAACGUGGCAAACAAUGUCUUUUCGACACAGUAUGUACAAGAGGACAUUUACCAACAUACAAAUUAAUCUAGUUGAUGUCUUGGAGGUGGACAAAGAGAAUAUGACAGUCCGUUGCGAGCCUCUAGUGACGAUGGGUCAGCUGUCCCGCACAUUGGCGCCGCUAGGCUUGGCGCUGCCCGUUGUUCCAGAGUUAGACCAACUCACAGUCGGCGGCCUGGUGAUGGGGACCGGCGUGGAGACAACAUCGCACGUCCACGGGCUUUUUCAGCAUGUGUGCCUGGAGUACGAGCUGGUUCUCGCCGACGGCUCUGUCGUUAACUGUAGUAAGGACGAAAACGCUGAUCUAUUUUACGCUGUUCCAUGGUCUUACGGCACCCUUGGAUUUCUGACUUCAGUUGUGAUCAAAGUUAUUCCGGCUAAGAAGUAUGUCCGCAUACAUUAUUACCCUUUCAACAAUCUUCCCGACCUAGCAAAGCGGUUCAGUCAAGAAUCUUUGAAGCCGAACCCUCACCAAUUCGUUGAGGCCUUGCUUUACACUAGAGACUCGGGCGUGCUCAUGUUAGGAAACAUGGUGGAUGAAGUCGGCAGAGAUGGAAAGCUCAAUCCAAUAGGGGUGUGGCACGCGGAAUGGUUCUUCAAACAAGUGGAGAAGCAUUUAAAAAGAAAGCGCACCGCGAUAGAGUAUAUACCUCUUAGAGAUUACUACCAUCGUCACACUAGAAGUCUGUUCUGGGAAUUGCAAGACAUAAUUUCGUUUGGGAACAACUUUAUUUUCCGCUACCUGUUCGGCUGGUUGAUGCCUCCGGAGGUCUCCUUAUUGAAGUUGACGCAGCCUGAAGCCGUCACCAAGUUGUACAACAAGGCUCACGUGAUACAAGACAUGCUAAUACCAAUUGAGCUCUUGGAGAAAGCAAUUGCGUUCUUUCACGACGAAUUCGAGGUAUACCCUAUAUGGUUGUGUCCUUUCAAAAUAUUCAACAAUCCUGGACAACUGAAGAUAAAACCUGGCGAGGAAUCACAGAUGUUUGUCGAUAUCGGAGUGUAUGGCGUUCCAAAAGCCAAAGGAUUUGAAACAAUUGCAUCGACGCGUCGCGUAGAGAGCUUCGUGAUCCAGAACCAAGGCUUCCAAAUGCUAUAUGCCGAUACUUACACAACGAGGGAGGAAUUCAGACAAAUGUUCGACCAUAAACUUUACGACAGAGUGCGGGCUUCGCUGCCUAAUUGCAAGGAAGCCUUCCCCGAGAUCUAUGAUAAAGUCAACAGAAAUGUUAGGAAAUAAAAUAAUUGAAUUUUUUUUUGUUAUUCAUAAAUAAAUUAAUUAUUAAAUAUAACACUG